CCUUGCCCGCCGACGUCUCGAUCGAUCGAUUGAUUUUGGCUCCACUCGCGUACGCAUAAAAACCCCCUCUCUCUCCACACACACCAUCACCGCGCGCGCAGCACUCGCAGGAGAGGAUCGAGUUAACCAAGUACGAAGCGAGUAGUUAGCGGGCGAGUACGUGGUGUUUGUCAUGGAGGACGAGGCGACGUCGGUGGCGGCGCCGCUGCUGCGGCCGCGCGGCGGCGUUGACGCGGAGGCGGUGAAGCAGCAGCUGUGGCCGGCCGGCGCGAGGGUGGCGGGGGAGUGGUGGGUGGAGUCGAAGAAGCUGUGGCGCGUCGUCGGGCCGGCCAUCUUCCAGCGGAUCGCGCUGUACGGGAUCAACGUCGUCUCGCAGGCGUUCAUCGGCCACAUGGGCGACCUCGAGCUUGCCGCCUUCUCCAUCGCCUCCACCGUCGUCGCCGGCUUCAACUUCGGUUUCCUGCUGGGCAUGGCGAGCGCGCUGGAGACGCUGUGCGGGCAGGCGUUCGGCGCCAAGAAGUACCACAUGCUGGGCGUGUACCUGCAGCGGUCGUGGCUGGUGCUCCUCAUGUUCGCCGUCGCGCUGACGCCGACGUACGUGCUCAUGGAGGACCUGCUGCUGCUGAUCGGGCAGCCGGCCGACCUCGCCAGCCUCGCCGGCAAGAUGAGCGUCUGGCUGCUGCCGCAGCACUUCGCCAUGGCGAUGCUGCUCCCGCUCACGCGGUUCCUGCAGUCCCAGCUCAAGAACUGGGUCACCGCGGUCACCGCCGGCGUCGCGCUCGCGCUCCACCUCGUGAUCACCUACCUGCUCGUCAACACCCUCCACCUGGGCCUCCUCGGCGCCGUCGCCGCCGCCAACGUGGCGUGGUGGAUCGUCGUGCUGGGGCAGUUGGUCUACGUCGUCGGCGGCUGGUGCCCGCUGUCGUGGAAGGGAUUCUCCAUGGAAGCGUUCGCCGACUUCUGGGAGUUCAUCAAGCUCUCCUCGGCCUCCGGGGUGAUGCUUUGCUUGGAGAACUGGUACUACAGGGUGUUGGUGUUGCUUACAGGGUACCUGAAUAACGCUGAAAUCGCUGUGGAUGCACUCUCCAUAUGCUUGACGAUCAACGGAUGGGAGAUGAUGAUUCCUUUUGGCUUCUUGGCUGCAACUGGCGUGCGGGUGGCAAACGAGCUCGGCGCCGGCAGCGGCAAGGGCGCGCGGUUCGCCAUCGUGGUGUCCGUCACCACCUCCGUGGCGAUCGGCCUCGUCUUCUGGUGCCUCAUCAUUGCCUACAACGACAAGAUCGCUCUCCUCUUCUCGUCGAGCAAGGUGGUGCUCGACGCCGUCAGCGACCUGUCCGUGCUGCUCGCCUUCACCGUCCUCCUCAACAGCGUGCAGCCCGUCCUCUCAGGUGUGGCCAUUGGCUCAGGGUGGCAAGCACUCGUAGCCUACGUCAACGUCGGUAGCUACUACUUGGUCGGAGUUCCCAUCGGUGCCAUAUUGGGCUGGCCAUUGCAUUUCGGAGUUGGGGGAAUUUGGUCCGGGUUGAUUGGUGGCACAGCUGUUCAGACACUGAUAUUAGCCUAUCUCACUAUCAGCUGUGAUUGGGAUGAAGAGGCAAAGAAAGCAAGUACAAGGAUGGAAGUAUGGGCCAGCUCAAAAUGAAGCAACCAAGUACCAACAGUGUGUUGGUGAGGUUUCUUGGACACACAAAGGGGGCACUUCAGUGGGCAGCAGAAGAACCGCAACUUCUGCUCAGUACAAAGAGGCAAACCAUCAGAAUAGAUCAAGAAGACGAGAACAUUUUGGAAGGCAUAGCUGGUGUUUCACAUAUAGACAUAUUCACGUUACCUUAGGCUGCAGACAGCCAGUUUCUGAAGACGCUCGUUUGCCAAGAGAACAUUGGAGAAGAGUGCAGAGGCUUGCGUAGGGUGAUAGUAUGUGUGAGUUGGGAUUAUAUUUAUUAGCCUUGUAACCUGAAAUUUGCACUCGGUUGCAAGUUGCGACAUGUAAGCACUGAGUAUACUAUUUAAUGGAUAUUGCAACUGCAA